AUGUCGUGGGCUUCCGGCGCCCGCUCCACCUCGAGGGCGGUCGCUCGCCAGAUCCGCCACACAGCUUCAUCACACCGCGCAGCCACGCCACACGCACCAAGGGGCGUCCGGAACAUUGUCACCUCCUACGCCGCGGAUUCCAGGCUCGCCGCUUGCAGGAUUCUUCCGCCACCGCCGGAACGGGCUUCUUGGACCUCCGCCGCACCGCCUUUCGUUGCGACAUGGCACUCGACCGUCUGCUCCUCAAUAGCCACGGACAAGGGCAAGGCACGGGCCUCGCCCCGACACGUCGGGACCGCCUCUCCGCCGCUGCUCUAUGGAAAUCGCCCGACGGGGUCACUGCCAAAAGCGCACGCCGCUUCGCCUCCGCGGAUACGCCUGCUCUCAUCCAGCGCCAGUUCGAGGCUUGCACCGACAAUACCCACGCCCUACGUCGCCGAGCCGCCGCCGGGCCCCCCUCGCGAUGGCCUCACCGGGCUAGGGACCACCCACCUCUCCCCGGACAUCCUGCUGCGCUGCACCAUCUUUGACGCCGCCGGCCUGGCCAAGUCGAGCAGCGGCGUCUUCAAGAAGUCGAAGCUCUGCUCCGACCACGGCCUCGAGCCGCGCGACCUGCGCAAGAUCGACUCGCGCGUGCCCAACCUCGUCCCCACCAUCCUCGCCCGCAAGGACGGCAUCCUCGUCAACAUCCUCCACAUCCGCGCCAUGAUCAAGGCCGACAUGGUCCUCCUCUUUGACAGCUACGGCAGCUCCGACACCCAGCUCCACUCGGCAUUCGUCUAUAACCUCCAGUUUAAUCUGCGCCAGACGUCGUCGACGCUGCCCUACGAGUUCCGCGCGCUCGAGUCGAUCCUGGUCUCGGUGCUGGAUGCGCUGCGCAUCGAACUCGAUCUGAUCCGCAGCUGGGCCAGCCGCAUCCUCGAGGGCCUCGACGACGACGUCGACCGCGAGAAGCUGCGCGCGCUGCUCCAGGUGUCGCGCAAGCUCAACAGCUUCCUCAGCCGCAGCCGCGGCGUCAAGGGCGCCGUCACCGAGGUGCUCGACGACGACGAGGACAUGGCGCUAAUGUACCUCACCGACUCCAAGCAGGGCCAGGCGCGCACCGAGCAGAGCAAGAUGGACGAGCUCGAGCUGCUCCUCGAGAGCUUCGACAAGCAGGUCGAAGAGGUGCUCGCCGAGACUGAGCAGAUCCACAACGACAUGAACAAUACCCAGGAGGUCGUCGAGCUCAUCCUCGACAACAACCGCAACAAGCUGCUCGCCCUCGACCUGCGCACCAGCAUCGCCACGCUCGGCAUCUCGGCCGGCACGCUGUGGGCCGGCCUCUUUGGCAUGAACCUGACGUCGCACUUUGAAGAGGACCAGUACGCCUUCUUUGUCUCGAGCGCCUUUGCCAUCCUGACGGCGGCCGUCGUCUCGGCCUACGGCCUCCGCCAGCUGCAGCGCCUUCGCAGGGUCGGCCUGCAGCUGCGCGAGCCGUUUGGCAUGACCAGGGGCGCCGCCGGACGCCCGUCCAAGUACGGCUCCGACAAGUACGGCAGCGGCGCCGGCGGCGGGCGCAAACGUCGGUGGUGGUUCCCCUUUGGCUCGUCGUCGAGGUCGCCCGCACCGGCAUCCGCUUCGGUGCCCGCCUACCCACUAGCCUCGGCGACCAUGUCGGGCUACUACGGCGGUCCGACGUCGGGCAACGCCAACAACGGCACGCGCUUCGUCUCGCCGUUUAUGAGGAUCGACGAAAAGUACCAGCAGGCGCUGGCGCAGCACAUGUCGGAUGCCGAGGGUGACCCUAGGCACCCCUUCCCGACGACGCCAUCCUCGAAGGCGGCGUCUGGCGACGAAGCCCACGAGAGGCGCGGUCCGCUCUACGCCGGCGUCUCCUCCGAUGGUCGGCAUGACGAUGCCGGUGAUGGCAGCGCCCCCGGUGGCGAAGGCGACCAGCAGCCUGGUGGUCUCGGCGGAGUCGGCCUCUCGAGCAAGUGGGAGGCCCGCAAGAAGCGCAAGGAGCAGUAG